CUGCCCCUGCCGCGACCGGCGAUGCCGUCUGAGGGCUGGCGGCCGCGGGGUCGGCUGGCGGCGGGGGGGUGGGCUCCGUGCGUGGUGCUGGCGCUGGGCUGGGCGCUGGGCUGGGCGCUGGGAGCCGCUCCCCCGCACCGCUGCCGCCCGGACACCGCUCUGCUGCCGCCGCCGCUCCGCCGCCUGGCGGGGGUCGCGCUCCUGCGCGCAGCCGUCCCUCGGCUCCGCGGCGGAUGGAGCCCCUGUCAGCUCUACCGGUACCGAGGCACCGCCGCCGCCGGCCCCAACGGCACCGGGCCCUGCACGCGGGGCUGGCACUAUGCCCUUCCCGCCGCCGGCCUCCGCUCCAACCUCGUCACACAGUGGGAUCUCGUGUGCCACUCGCGCUGGAAGGUGCCCCUGGAGCAGACCACACACUUGCUGGGCUGGACGCUGGGCAGCAUCACGGCUGGCCUGGCCUGCGACAGGUUCGGCCGCAGGACGGCCUUUGUGGUGUCCCUGGUACUGGCGGUGCCGCUGGGGAUCAGUGUGGCGCUGGCCUCGGACUUCACCAUGGUGCUUGUGGCCCGGCUGCUCUUCGGGGCCGCUCUGGCGGGCGCCUUCCUCUCCCUCUAUGUUGCGCGGCUGGAGAUGUGUGACCCCCCACACCGCCUAGGGGUGACCGUAGUGGCCAGCUUCUUCUGGAUCGCCGGGGAGCUGCUGCUGCCGGGGCUGGCCGUGCUGUGCCGGCACUGGCGGGUGCUGCAGGGCGCUGUCACCACGAUCCUGGCUCUGAUGGCUGCCUUCUGGUGGUGCCUGGUGCUGCUGCUGGAGUCCCCGCGCUGGCUGCUGGCCACACGGCAGCUGGACAGGGCCAGGAAGACCCUGCAGGCACUGGGCAAGGGCAGCGGCUCCGAGCACAGCUCCUGCCACCAACAGAGCCUCUGCGCCGAGCUGCAGUCCCUGUCCGAGGGCUCUCCGAAGCCCCGGUACCACGCUGUCUGCGAGAUCUUCGGCACCCGGGUCAUAUGGAAGAACAGCGUCAUCCUCGGCUUCACAGCGUUCAUCGGCGCCGGCAUCCACCACUGCUUCACCCGCAACCUGGCCCCGCACCUGCCCCACUUCUUCUCCUCCUACUUCACACUGGUGGGCACCGAGGCCACCGCCUCCCUCUUCGUCUUCCUGACAGCCGAGCGCUUCGGGCGCCGCGCCAUCCUCCUGCUCUGCACCGUCCUCACCGGCAUCUGCUCCCUCCUGCUGCUGGCCCUCACCCAGUACUUGCUGGAGUUCAUUGUCUUGACCCUGUCUGUGGUUGGCAUCACCACAUCACACGCCGUCACCAUGCUCAGCAUCUUCUUCGCCAGCGAGGUCCUCCCCACUGUGGUCAGAGGUGCCGGGCUGGGCCUCAUUGCGGGCGCCAGCUUCGUGGGCAAGGCAGCAGCCCCCAUCACCGCCAUCCCCAACAGCCGUGGCUUCUUUCUGCACCACAUCGUCUUCGCCUCCUUCACCAUCCUCAGCAUCCUCAGCAUCAUGCUGCUGCCAGAGAGCCAGGGCCACAGCCUGCCUCAGUCCCUGGAGGACGGUGAGAAGCAGCGCCGGUCCCCCCUCUUCCACCAACCACCCCGCGAGGACCACGUGCCCCUGCUCGCCACCCCGCGCAGCCAACACUACUCCAACCUCACCUCCUCCACCAAAUCCAUGGCGGGCUCCACAGUCACCCCCAGUGAGAUGUAGCUGUGCCCCCCACCCCAUACUGGAGUCUCCCCACUGCUGAACACGGUGCUGGGACCCCCCAUCUUUGGGUGCUCACGGGGAUGACGGGGUGCACCGGAACACAUGUGAUGGGGGGAGCAGCAAGCCAACCCCACGGUGGGGGUGGAUCCUGCCCCACGAGGAGCUUUGCUGAGAGUCCUGGGGCAGAGGUGAUGCCCCCCCUGGGAUGCUUGCACCAGAGGCUCGCGGGCUGCCAAUAAAAGUGCCUUGUUUCU